AUGUACCGCAACAUUUUCCUAUCAUGCUCAAUUCAUGUAAUAGUCUUUCCUGGCUCCUUUUCCCUUGUGACUUUUCUUUCUUCGCCCCUUCAAGAUGCAGACUCAAGUGAAUUGCUUUCCCCCGGCUUUCCUGACCUUGCUUUCCAACGUGGUUGUAUUUCUGUGCCUCCUUCCAUCCAAUUGGCACGCAUGUCCAUUAGGUCUAACACCGAUGACCUUGGAUUAGAAUCUAUCGCUAACCUCACAAAUCUGGUGUUUGUGGAGCCACAGUUGAGCUUCGAUCUACAAGACUCUCUUCGCCGAGUAGGUCAUCAGGUACAAGUUAUUGGUCAACCUUCAAGCCCAUUCUCUAGCUGGCCUGGUCGCGUUUAUAUAGCCGGUUGGGAUCGGUACCUUCUGCUGGCUUUCGGCGAUGCCAGAGCCAAGAAUCUUACCGGAAACCUCGCCCAAUUUUAG